AUGCAGUUCACCACCGUCGUCAUCGCUGCGUUCGCGGCCAUUGCCUACGCCUCCCCCGCCGAGGUUCGCUCCACCCGUGAGCCCGGCCAGGUGGAUUUGAAGCUCCCAGAUGGCUGCACCAAGACCAACCUCGCCAAGUGCGUCGGUCACCUCGCAGCCGCCUCUGCUUCCUGCGGUGCCGCUGCCGGAGAAGCCGGUCUUAACCCAGUCGCCGAUCUCGCCUGCGUGGGCUCCGCCUCAGGCGCCGCCGCCAACUUCGAUGAGUGCAAGUCUUGCAUCCCAAAGAAGACCGCGGCCAAGGAGGACAUCGUAGUGAAGCGUGACACUCGUGAGCCAGGAAUGGUGGAUAUCACACUCCCACCUGGCUGCUCCAAGCACAACCUUGAGAAAUGUGUCCUUCACUUGGCUUCCACCGGCGGCUCUUGUGCUGCCGCUGCCGCAGAAGCAGGUGUCAACCCUGUCGCUGAUAUCGCCUGUGUUGCUUCCGCUAGCAGCACUGCUGCCAACUUCGACGAGUGCAAGUCUUGCAUUCCUAAGAAGACCCUCGCCAACUAG